AUGUCGCUGCCGCUCGUGAAGGUGGCCUACUUUGUGGUUGAACGAGCCGCAGAGCCACUCUCAAACCGGCUCGAGGCGGCUGCCGCAAACAGCCCGCGGUUCCGCUCGCUGUGCGCCAGACUCGCCCGCGCCUACAACUCUCUCGACGCCAACAAGGAGGAGCGGCGGCGGGAGCGGCGGGAGCGGCUCUGGGCGGACGACGAGGCGAAGGCGGAGCGACGGCCUGUGGAUGCGGCGCCUGUCCUAUCCGAGCGGGAGGCAAUUGAGAGCGGCUGCGAGCUGCUCGGGCAGCUCGCGCUGCUGGUGCACCAAAGCCAGAGCGAGAGGCAGGAGGACGAGGCGAGGGAGCGAGCGGCGGAGGUGCGGGAGGAGAAGAUUGGGGCGCUCGAGCAGCUGGUGGAGAGCGAGGUGCAGGCGCGGAAGGCGCUCGAGCGGCGUCUCGAGGAGCUGCAGGCGCUCAUCCUCAUGGGAGGCCGGUGGUGGGAGCAGGAGGGGCGGAGCAUCGCCGAGGGAGGCGGCGGUGAGACGGUGCUCGCGCACGGGAGGCUCAACUGCGUGGCGCGUGAGAAGUCGCCCGAGGGCGCCGGCACGAAGUUCGAAAAGUCUCGGCUGGGCUGGCGGUGCAGGCACUGCCGGCAGGCCAAGAGCCACCACUCCAAAGGCGCCUGGGCCUUUUGCCGCGCCAUCACCACGACCGGCAAUCUCGCAAGCUCCGAGACGGAUGCGAGGCUUCAGAUAGCGCUGCUCAAGACCGCCCUGCGGCGGAGGAUGAGCAUCCAUCCGCAUUGGUGA